GCGCACGAAGGCGUUGGUUGUUCAUCUACCAAGAAAAUUCAUCGUCAUUUUGCAUGAGAAAAAAAAAACGUCGAAUUUUUAAUUGUAAUACAUUUUAUACGAAACGAAUAACGGUAGCCGCAUAAGAAUCAACAUAUUUGUGCCAUUUUGUAAGCAUAUUAAGUGUCGAAUUCGUACUGAGUGUUCCCAAAAUACAAAAAAAUAUAAUUAAUUAACCUCCAAUGACGACGAUUCGCAAGAAAUUGGUAAUUGUCGGCGAUGGUGCCUGCGGUAAAACUUGCCUUCUGAUCGUCUUUAGCAAAGACCAAUUCCCUGAGGUCUAUGUGCCGACCGUCUUCGAGAAUUAUGUUGCCGAUAUCGAAGUCGAUGGCAAGCAGGUGGAGUUGGCCUUAUGGGAUACAGCUGGUCAAGAGGAUUACGACAGACUGCGACCACUGAGUUAUCCCGACACUGAUGUUAUACUUAUGUGUUUCUCAGUGGAUUCACCCGAUUCACUAGAAAAUAUUCCCGAAAAAUGGACGCCAGAGGUCAAACAUUUUUGUCCCAAUGUUCCAAUCAUUUUGGUAGGCAAUAAAAAAGAUUUGCGAAAUGAUCCCAACACAAUUCGGGAUCUGGCAAAGAUGAAGCAGGAGCCGGUGAAGCCGCAGGAGGGACGCGCCAUGGCUGAGAAGAUUAAUGCCUUUGCCUAUUUGGAAUGCUCGGCCAAGUCGAAGGAGGGUGUGCGAGAGGUAUUUGAGACAGCAACUAGGGCUGCACUGCAAGUUAAAAAACGGAAGAAGACCAGAUGCCUUUUGCUCUAAAAGAGCAAAUAUCAAAAAAAAAAAAAAAUCUAUUUACAUAACAACAACAACAAACAAACAACAACCACAACAAAACAA